UCACCGAAGAGAUUUCGUUUAGAUUGGGUGCCACAGUGGGUGGGUUGUUAAAUGCCACUUUUGGAAACGCGGUUGAAUUUAUUAUUUCUGUCGUUGCACUUAAAAAUGGAAUGAUUCGUGUGGUUCAAGCAUCAAUAUUGGGUUCCGUGUUAUCGAAUUUGCUUUUGGUCCAAGGAUUUUGCUUUUUCUUUGGUGGUCUGAGUAGAUACGUCGAACAGUCAUUUAACGUGACCGCAGCACAAACUUCGUCGUCUCUCUUGGCCUUGGCCGUUCUCUCUCUUUUAAUUCCUGCCGCGUUUACUGCGUCCACAGAUGACGAGUAUGUCAUUAAACAAGGUCUAUUGAAUUUAAGUCACGGCACCGCUCUAGUAUUGUUGGUCAUAUAUAUUUUGUACCUCAUCUUUCAACUGCGGACUCAUGUGCAUCUGUAUGAAGAUCAUGAAGAUGAUGGUGAAGAGCCGCAGUGCACUCUUCCUGUAUCAUUUUUCGCGUUGAUGAUUAUAACGGUUCUCGUGUCUAUUUGUUCCGAAUUUCUCGUUGCGAGCAUUGAAGGCUUUGUCACGAGUUUGAACAUAUCCACAACAUUUGUAGGCAUAAUAUUGAUUCCAAUAGUGGGUAAUGCGGCUGAACACGCGAGUUCGGUAACCUUUGCGAUAAAAAAUAAAAUGGAUUUAUGUAUUGGCAUAGCCCUAGGAUCAAGCAUGCAAAUAGCAUUGGGAGUUUCCCCGUUGCUCAUAAUACUAGGAUGGAUUAUGGAUAGUCCAUUAACUCUAUUUUUUGAGACCUUUGAAACCUGCGUUAUGACAAUAUCCGUUCUAAUCGUGAACUACUUAAUUCAGAACCCUAAUAAGAAAUAUGAUAAGGCUUUCGAAGAAAUAAGAAGAUAUGAGGAUUUUACCACAAUUGAUUGGGUUCAGGAUUCUAUUCUCGAGCGGUUGAGAGUGAAUGAAUUGCGAAGUGCGGCAAAUGAAAAUCGUUCAUCUUGGAGUACUUGGUUUCAACUUUCUUAUCAAGCAGGACAAGCGUGGAUCAUAGUUUCAAUAGCUGGCAUAAUUAUCGGCCUUAAUGCGGCAUUGAUUGAUAUCAUAACCGAAUGGCUUUCGGAUAUAAGGUUUGGCUACUGCAAGAAUUCUUGGUGGUUAAAUCAAAAAUUUUGCUGUUGGGAAGUUGAAGAACUAGACGGUUCUUGUGAUGAUUGGAUUGAUUGGUCGCAAUACUAUGUGAUUAGGUGGUUCUUUUACGUGAUGUUUUCGACAUUAUUUGCAGUGGUAUGUGCAUAUAUGAUAAAGUCUUUCGCUCCAUAUGCUGCGGGUUCGGGCAUUUCGGAGAUCAAAUGCAUUCUAGCUGGAUUUGUGAUGAAAGGAUUCUUGGGUGGACGCACGUUGCUAUUAAAGAGCAUUGGAUUGCCUUUAGCGAUUGCCUCGGGACUAAGUGUUGGAAAAGAAGGUCCUUCUGUGCAUACCGCUGCGUGUGUGGGAAAUGUGAUUUCUAGAUUGUUCGGAAAAAAUUCUGUAAACAAAGCAAAAAUGCGUGAAAUUCUUUCCGCUUCAUGCGCGGCUGGAGUGGCAGUUGCCUUUGGCUCUCCAAUAGGAGGAGUUCUGUUUUCUUUCGAGGAAAUGAGUCACAAUUUUCCAAUGAAGACAAUGUUGCGUAGUUUUUUCUGCGCUUUAGUAGCGACCGUAGUAUUGCAGGGAAUGAAUCCUUUUCGAACCGGGAAACUUGUAAUGUUUCAAGUCACCUACGAUAGAGAAUGGCACUUUUUUGAAAUUUUAUUUUUUGCCUUAUUAGGCCUUUUCGGUGGUUUAUACGGUGCACUCGUAAUUAAACUCAAUCUUAAAGUACAAUCUUAUCGGAAAAAAUAUUUAAAGGAUCAUUUUGUGACCGAAGUUGCGGUGCUCGCAUUCCUUACAGCGUUGUUUGGGUACUUCAACAUAUUUAUGAAGACGGAUAUGACUGAAACUUUGGGAAUACUCUUCCAAGAAUGCGAAGGGAAAAAAUCCUACGACUACGAAGGCCUCUGCAAGCAUUCCGAAGUUUCGGAAAAUUCAGAAAUAUGGAGAAUGACGAUUUUAUUAUUUAUUGCGACCAUUCUUAGGACUGGUUUCGUUAUAAUAUCUUACGGAGCAAAAGUCCCUGCCGGAAUUUUUGUUCCUUCAAUGGCCGUAGGGGCUACAUUUGGACGAUUCGUUGGUCUUUGCGUGAAGGCCUUUCAUGCAUCAUAUCCCAAUUUUCCAUUGUUUGCAAGUUGCAAACCGGAUGUUCCUUGCGUUACACCUGGAAUGUAUGCAUUCUUAGGUGCUGCUGCUGCCUUAAGCGGUAUAAUGCACCUAACAGGUAAUAAUUGGCCGUUGAUAUUGAGCAAGUUACAAAUGGAUAAGAGAUUUAUUUUAUCAUUCACAGUUUGUGUAGUUGUGAUCAUGUUCGAACUUACAGGAGCUCUAACGUACAUAUUACCAACCAUGAUCACUAUAAUGGUGACGAAGACUGUAGGAGAUCUUUUUGGACAUGAAGAAUAUUCAUUCGGAGUUCCAGUGGCCACUGUUAUGAGAAGAGACCUUACUGUAAUGACAGCCUCGGGGCUAAAAUUAGAUGAAAUUGAUCAAAUACUCUUGGAAACAAAUUUCCAAGGAUUCCCGAUAGUAAAUGAUAAAAAGAGUAUGACUCUCCUGGGGUACAUAGGUCGUGCGGAAUUGAAAUAUGCGAUAGAUAAGGCAAAGAGGGUUCGGGGGACAUCCAACACGGCGCAUUGUUUUUUCAAUCCUGAUGAUAAUAUCUCAAAGGAUACCGAUAAUGGAGACAGCUCAUCUAAUUUUAUUGAUUUUGCCUCGUUCAUUGACCAGACUCCAAUAACGGUGAAUCCACGUCUACCACUCGAAACUGUUAUGGACUUAUUCAAGAAAAUGGGUCCACGCGUAAUCCUCAUUGAGCAGACGGGUAGGCUAGUGGGCCUUAUAACAGUAAAAGACGUAUUGAAAUAUAUUGCCAGAAAGGAAGCGGAAGAAGAUACCAGUUUUGAUGCGUAUGACGACUCCAGUUCGAUAGAAUUACCUGAGGAAGAUAAUGCAAGAGUGUUAGGAAGCAACAAAAAUAGUACCGAUCUAACAAAAAGAAGGGCCAAUGACGUAUAA